UAUAUAUAUAUGCGAGGUCCGAUAUUGACCUGGAUGUCGAUGAAUUCCCCAACGACUGAGAAGCAACUGGAACUCGAGCCUCCCGAGACUGUAAGCCAUGCAUCUACGGAAAAUUCGCAAAUCAGCGACCACACAAAGCGCAAUCUCAAGAGUAGGCAUAUUCAGCUAAUUGCGAUCGGCGGUACCAUUGGCACUGUACUUUUUGUGCAGAUCGGUUCUGCUUUGACGAAAGGUGGACCUGCCAGCCUUUUUCUCGGGUUUACGGUUUGGUGCACCUUUAUUAUGGCCGUCAAUAACUGUCUAUGCGAAAUGGUCACUUGGAUGCCGAUUUCUGCUCCCUUCGUUCGAUUCGCUGACCGAUUUGUAGAUCCAGCGUUGGGGUUUUGCACUGGCGUCAACUUCUUUCUCUUCGAGGCAUUCCUCAUCCCGUUCGAAAUAACUGCGUUCAACAUCAUCUUACAUUUUUGGACCGACAAGAUUCCUCUAAUCGCAGUCAUAUUCUUCAUGCUUGUGGCUUACACCAUUCUCAACUUCAUUGACGUGAAGUACUAUGGAGAAACCGAGUUUUGGCUAUCGCUUGGUAAAGUCAUACUGGCAGUUGGUUUCAUUAUCUUCACCUUCGUAACCAUGGUUGGUGGGAACCCCCUUCACGAUGCGUACGGGUUUCGGAAUUGGAAUUCUUCCAAAGUGGAGGGCGCGCCUUUCGCGGAGUAUAUCGAGACAGGCACCCUUGGAAGGUUUCUGGGAUUUCUAGCAUGUUUUAUUCAGGCGUCCUUCACAGUUGCAGGUCCUGAUAUGGUCUCUCUUGCUGCUGGUGAAGCUGAAACACCAAGACGAAUUCUUCCUCGGACGUUCAACAACGUUAUCUACCGUCUGGCCGUAUUUUUCAUCUUGGGCUCGAUGUGUAUUGGAAUCGUCAUUCCGUAUAAUGACACGGACCUCGCGAAUGCUCUUUCGAAUGCACAACCAGGUGCUGGUUCGUCUCCAUAUGUCAUCGCGAUGGAAAAACUCCGUAUACCCGUCCUUCCGCAUAUCGUCAAUUUCAUGAUCCUCAUCUCAGUAUUUUCCGCUGGGAACAGUUACACAUACUGUGCUAGCCGGGUACUGUUUGGGUUAGCAUUGGAGGGAAAGAUGCCUAAAGUUCUUGCUAGAUGCAAUCGGCACGGUGUUCCAGUCUAUUGCGUCGCGGUUACUUUGUCGAUUGCAUUACUUGCUUUCCUCCAGAUCUCCAAUAACUCUGCUGUUGUGUUGCAAUGGUUCGUGAACCUGGUAACCGCCUCUCAGCUCCUCAAUUGGGCAAUAAUUUCAUUUAGUUACAUACGCUUCUACAACGCCCUGAAAGCUCAAGGAAUUCCACGAGAGACCUUACCAUACAAAACACGCUUUCAACCGUUCUGCGCCUACUACGCGCUAUCAGGUUCCCUAGUCAUGGCAUUCGUAGGGGGAUACACUGUCUUCCUCCCUGGGAAAUGGGAUGUACCGUCUUUUCUCUUCUCUUACUGCAUGAUCGGUGUAGUUCCUGUCUUAUUCAUCGCAUGGAAGGUUUUUCACAACACCAAGUUGCGGGACCUCAAACAUAUGGACUUUUUCGAGCAGGAGAGGGCAUUGAUCGACCGGUAUGAAGAGGAUCACUCAAUAAUCACGCUCAAGUCCAAGAAAAAGAUGGAUACAAUAUGGCAAUUCAUGUUCCCGGUAUGAAAGAUGUGGGC